UAUUUAUGCUCUAAGAGCAUGAUUAAUGGAGGGUUCUUAAAGUGAAGUCUUCGGGGAAUAUAAAAAAUCGUAUCUUAACUUUUAACUAAAAAAAGCUAAAAACCUUAUUUAACAUCUAGUGCUUCUGUGUCCGAAAGGUGUUUUUAAUUUCUAAAUAGAGAAAGAAUAAAGAAGAAAAGAAUGUAAAGAAUGAUUUAGGUGCUUAUUCUUGAGCCAAACCAUAUUGCUAUCACAUCUGCAUAUGUUCUGUUUCUGAUAGUCCUAUAGAUGCUUUUCUAGUUUGAUAUGUGGAGAAGGAUCAGCUCCAUGCUUCCGACUGUUUCUCUCACGCCAGAUGUUAUUUCAUGUCAGAUGCUUUUCUAGUCAUGUUUUAGUUUCAUGAAAUACGUUUAGAUGCUAUUUUCUUUUUGGUGUAUCUUAUUUUUCAAAUCCUGUUUUAAAUUAUAUAAAUUUUCUCAUUUCGCAAAUAAAACUAUUUGUGGAUACUGUUUUAAAAUUGUACCAAAAGCAAAUUUCAUAUGUUGAAGCUUAAAAGUGCUUCGUGUAAGAUUAUAAACCCAAACAUUUAUAUACAUAUGAAUAUUUUUUUUAAAAAAUAUUAGAAAAAAAAAUAUCAAAAUAGAAGCCGUGGUCGAGAGAGUAGUAGUACUCAAGUGGCACAUGUUGACUGCCAGCAUGUUGGCACCAGCCAACCAUAUUCAACACCGACAUCUUAAUCACACGUAUUGACUGACUAUUAAGGUUUCUAUCAAAUCAAAUAUCUAAUCUCGAUAGUGUUUAUAUCAUCGUCACACUUUCAACAAAAAAAAUAUUCAAAACCACACACCAUACAACAUGGAUCAUAAGACAAACACGACACUGCUUUUCUCGCUCUUGUUUUUCAUCACGUACCUCAUCACCAUCGCGACAUCGAAAGAUCUAUGUAACCAAAACGACAAAAACACCCUCCUUAAAAUCAAGAAGUCCCUAAACAACCCUUACCACCUCGCCUCGUGGCACCCCGAAACCGACUGCUGCUCCUGGUACUGCCUCGAAUGCGGCGACGCCACAGUUAACCACCGCGUCAUCUCCCUAACCAUAUUCGCCGGUCAGAUAUCCGGUCAGAUCCCGCCUGAAGUCGGUGACUUACCGUAUCUUCAGAGUCUUAUGUUCCACAGGAUCACUAACAUCACCGGUCAGAUCCCAUCCACCAUCACCAAGCUUAAGUAUCUCCGUUCUCUCAGGCUUAGCUGGUUGAACCUCACCGGCCCGGUUCCUGAGUUUCUGAGUCAGCUCAUGAAUCUUGAAUACUUAAGCCUUUCCUUCAAUCAGCUCUCUGGUUCCAUACCUAGCUCUCUCGCUUUGUUACCUAAACUUUCUUACGUUGAUCUUAGUAGGAAUAAGCUUACAGGUACAAUACCAGAGUCAUUUGGAUCGUUUCCAGCAGAACUUGCUUACCUUAUCUUAUCACACAACCAGCUCUCCGGUUCGAUACCCAAAUCACUAGGCAACCUUGAUUUUAACCGGAUAGAUUUCUCAAGGAACAAGUUCACAGGCGAUGCUUCGAUGUUGUUUGGUGCCAACAAAACGACGUUUUCCAUUGACUUAUCAAGAAACAUAUUCCAGUUUGAUCUGUCCAGAGUUGUGCUCCAUGAGUCACUUGGUGUACUGGACUUGAACCACAAUGGGAUCACAGGGAGUAUUCCGGUUCAGUGGACUGAAUAUUCUCUCCAAAUCUUAAACGUUAGCUAUAACAGACUGUGUGGACCCAUCCCCACUGGAGGAAGUCUUCAGAGAUUUGAUUCUUAUACAUAUUUUCAUAACAAGUGUUUAUGUGGUGCACCUCUUGAUAGUAGUUGCAAGUAAUAAACCAAGCUUAUCUCUAGUUUUCCCAAAAAAAAAAAGUAAUAUCAUCAAGAUUGAUUAAAUAAAACAUGUGUCACAACUUGUAUUUUUAUGAGUUCUUAGAACAUUUUUUGAACCA